GCUUUCCGGCUCCCCCUUUGUGAGGCAGGGCCGGGGCCGGGGCUGAGGCCGCCAUGGCGCCCGUGAGGGAGGCGGUGGAGCUGCGCUGCGAGUGGGCCGCCUGCUCCUUCGCCGCCGCCGCCAUGGAGGAGUUCUGCGGCCACGUAGCCCAGCACCUGCGGCACCACCUGCCCGGGGAGCGGCGCGACGAGCUGGACCCGCUGGAGGAGUACACGUGCCUGUGGCAGGAGUGCGGGUUCUGCUCGCCCGAGAGCCCGGCCGACCUGGUGCGCCACGUCUACUUCCACUGCUACCACACCAAGCUGAAGCAGUGGGGGCUGCGCGCCCUGAGGGCACAGCCCGACGUCAGCCGCUGCCAGCUGGACUUCCAGAGCCGCAACAUCAUCCCCGAGAUCCAGGAGAACUUCCUCUGCCUGUGGGAGUACUGCGAGAGGUCGUUUGAUAACCCCGAGUGGUUCUAUCGGCAUGUGGAGGAUCACAGCUUCUGCUCGGAGUACAAGGCGGCUGGGAAGGAGAACCACGUGGUGCUCUGCGGCUGGAAAGACUGUGACUGCUCUUUCAAGGGGCGCUGCAAGCUGCGGGAGCACCUGCGCAGCCACACGCAGGAGAAGGUGGUGGCGUGCCCCACCUGCGGCGGGAUGUUCGCCAACAAUACCAAAUUCUUCGACCACAUCCGCCGCCAGACCGCGCUGGACCAGCAGAGGUUUCAGUGCUCUCACUGCUCCAAGAGGUUCGCCACAGAGCGGCUGCUCCGCGACCACAUGAGGAACCACGUGAACCAUUACAAGUGCCCGCUGUGCGACAUGACCUGCCCGCUGCCCUCCUCCCUGCGCAAUCACAUCCGUUUUCGGCACAGCGAGGAGCGGCCCUUCAAGUGCGACUACUGUGACUACAGCUGCAAGAAUCUCAUCGACUUGAGGAAGCACCUGGACACGCACAGCAAGGAGCCCGCCUACCGCUGCGAGUUCGAGGCCUGCAGCUUCACCGCGCGCUCCCUCUGCUCCAUCAAGCUGCACUACCGCAAGGUCCACGAGGGUGACUCGGAGCCCCGCUACAAGUGCCACGUCUGCGACAAGUGCUUCACGCGGGGCAACAACCUCACGGUGCACCUCAGGAAGAAACACCAGUUCAAGUGGCCCUCGGGGCAUCCCCGCUUCAGGUACAAGGAACACGAGGACGGCUACAUGAGGCUGCAGCUGGUGCGCUACGAGAGCGUGGAGCUGACGGAGCAGCUGCUGAAGGCCAGGGGGAAGCAGGGGGAGGCUCUGGACGCCUCCCCCGACUGCGUGGUGCUGCCCGAGGGCGAGGGCAACCUGCAGGGCAUCAUCCUGGAGGCCCCCACCGAGCCUCCCCCGGCGGAGAACCGCGUCUGUGAGCAGCGGGCGGCCCCGCCACGUGCUGCAGCUUGUUCUGCUGCCAGCCCUGAGGCAGCACGGCCAGGAGCUUUGCCAGGAGCUGCUCUGACCUCGAGGCAGGAGCCCAGCACCCCAGGGAGCCCCAUGGGGAACGGCAGCGACGAGCAGGGGGAGGGCGAGGCCGGGUAUUACGGCCGGGAGCGGGCGGUGGCGCCCGGCGGGCUGCCCGUGGAGCUGGAGGAGAACGUCAUGGACCGGCUGCAGAAGACGGCCGAGGAGCUGGGCAUCCAGAUCGUGUGAGCUCUGAGCCUCCCCCUGCGGCUCGGAGUCCUUUGUCUCCCUCCUGGAGGGAUUUUGGGGGGAGUUGGGAAGUGUCUGGGGGAGAAAGUCGGCGGUGUUUUCUCCCACGUGCAGCUGGCUGGCUUCCUGCCCGCCUGGGUGGCGUGGCGGAGGAGAGGGACUGCUCUCUGCUGGCUGUGGGUCACAAAACUCAGCUGGAACGAGCUGUCCCUUUAUUUUGGGGGCUUGGGGACCUCCCCCAGGCUCCCUCACCGGUGCCGUGGGCCCGUGCUGAGCCCAGUCCUCAGCUGGGUUGUGCCCAAACAGGUGCUGUGCAGCAGAAUCUCACCCGGGGAGGCGUCAGGCCCUCUGCAGAGCUGUUCUCCCCCUGCCUCGUGCUCCACACCUGCCCUCAUCCCUUCCCUGCACCUCAUCCUGAGCCCGUCAAAGCGGUCUUGAGGGCAGGAGAGGGCUGCAGCUGCUCUCCCUCAGCGCCCUCUGCAGCCCUGGGGGCUUGGAGCCUUCUUCACGCUUUCAUUUUCCCCUGGGUUCCCUCCCCACGUUGGGGUUUGGGCUCCUGCCGGGGCGGUGGACUUGGGAGAGACGAAUAAAAGCGUGCCAGGGCCA